AUGACAUUGACAAGACAACUUUGGUAUCCUAGUAUGGUAGCAGAUAGAUGCGAGGGCAAACACGGACUGCCAAUCAGCAACGGUCGAUUGUUCGACGUCGAUCGCCACUUCGUGCGACGGAAACGACGCGCAUCGGGGGAGCGGCAUCGCGUUGCUGGCGUGCGAGGUGUCGCACGCGACUGCGGUAUCGCCUGCCAUCUGCGACUGCGAUCCCACGACAUCGUCUACGUCGUCCACUUGCAUCGAUGGAGACAGUUGGCCGUGCCGCAUAACAAAUCACUGCCAAUCGUUGAGAACGCGGACGUGGUGCCACUUGUCCAAUAUCUCGACAGCGACUCUUCGGCGCGAGCACGACUCUCGCGCGUCGCCGGCGACUGUAUAUAUCGUGCGCGAGUCGUUGACGCUGAGGACUCGAGCAUUGUCAACCUGUGCGAAAGUAGCAAUGGCUUGUAUGGCUUGCUCGCACUGCCGGAUGGAGUGUACACUGUGGAGCCGAUCUCUGAUCCCCAGGAAGAUAACAAAGGUUCUGCAAUCGAAGAUGAGAGUUUCCUUGAAGCAUUAAAUUCGUCAAAUCUUCUUUUCAUUCCGAAUGCAUCAUCCUUUCAGAACGACAAACCCGAUCUCGCAGAUCUGCCAACUCCUGGGACCAUUAUGUUGAGGUAA